GUGACGACGGUGGAUACGAUGGUGGAGAUGAUGGCGGAUAUGAUGGUGGAGACUAUCGAGGAUAUGAUUAUAAUCAAGGAGAUGAAGGAGAACAGGAAGAAGAACCUGAGCCCGAGGAGCCGGAGUAUGAUGACUAUGAAGAAGAGCCACCAGAAGAACCUGAGGUGGAGCCAGAGCCUGACUACGAUGAAGCAGAAGAGCAUGGAUAUUUGAAUCAAGAUGAAGAUGAUGAUGAAGGCCCGAUUGUGGAAGAACAAGCUGUAGCUUCUUCCACCAACGCUGAAGAGCCGGGAGGAGACGGUGGUGGCGGUGGCUUAGGUCUUGGAAGUCUUGUAAAAGGUGCUAUGGAUGGUUUUGGAGGAUCGAGUUUUGGCGAUAUUAUGGGCUCGAUAAAUCAAAUAGCUGGUGGCCAAGGAG